CAAGGAGGCAAUCAUGUCCAGGUUGAGAGUGGACUCCACCCGCUUUGCGGCGAACUUUGCGCGACCUCUGAGUGCCCGGUUCCAGGCCCCGAGCACUGAAUCCUUUGCAACCUUUCAAUCACUCCAAACCUCCGAGACAACUGAAAAACUCCGAUCUUUCCUCGUUUUACUACAGCAACCUGCUCCCGAACCGUCCACCGUUGACGCCGCGCUCGCCUAUCUUGCUGAAACAGACAAUGCCGUAUCUCUGCUCUCCCAGGAAUCCUCGGAACUCAGAUCCGCUGUACUCAAUCAGGCGACUGUGUGCGUCUACAGUCGCGCGCUGGAGACAUACUUGAAUGAGGCAGUCGCGUUCGAGGCCGAGGCCGAGUGGUGGGCUAACGUCGAACGCUCCAACGUCAACGUCGCCUGGUUUCUCCUUCAGACAUUUCCCUCGCGAUUUACUCGGGCGCUGAACACCAUCCUUGCUGCCCUCCGAGAACACCAUCUCCCUCUCAACCUCGCGUCUUUCUCGCCCUCGUCACUGAUCCGCCUGUUUCCAUCGACUGCACUCAGGCCUUCGGCAUUGACGCGGGCUCUCUUUCCUCACCUUGAGGACGGAACAGCAAUGACAUCAUCGAUGUUACCACCUCGAUCGCAUAUCCCGUCGCUCAUCUGGUCCAGCAUAUGCCAGCCACUCAGCCUUGCCCGCGACGAGUGCCGCUACAAACGGCAGCGGCUCGAACAGCUGAGAGACAAUAGGGCAGACAAACUGGGUGACUUGGCGGCCCUGCGUAGUUCAGCGUCCUCGCAGAACUCCUUCCUGCAGCACGGAUUGGCUAGAAUCGUGACCGAUAGCGAUUUUCGAGCAGAGAACGAGCAAAACGUUGUCCAAAAGUUGUCGAGCUCACUGCUCCCUGCCCAUAUCGCUGCGCAUGCAGCUGAGCUCCUCCAGUUGAGCAGACCGUCGCGUUUCACGCUCAUCUGGCCGAAGCUGCUUUUGUUGCCGCCUCUGAGCCUCUAUGCCAUCCGCUCGCUGUGGGUGUCUCGGGCAUCUAUGUGGGAAAUGGCACUAGACGCGAAGGAAACCGCGCAAGGGUUCAUCAAGAACUCGCUGGUCGAGCCGAUCAAGGACAUAUUGACCACGGUCAGAACUGGAGGAGGUGAUGGUGUGAUUGUUAGGAAAGAAGGAGUCGUUGCAGACUUGGAUUCGCUGGAGCGCAUGACCUUGUCGCUCGCCCAAGAUCAGUUGCGCUACAAUUCCACGCAGCUCGCUGAACUUUCCGCCAAGAUCCGUGUCGGGGACCUCACCCCCGUCCUCCGGUUGUACGAGGAAGACAUCAAAUCGCCGGUCAAGUCAGCGCUGACCGGCACACUACUUCGCUCGAUGUUCAUUCAAGUUCAAAAAGCCAAGGUCGACAUCGACCAGGCACUCGCUGGUAUCGACAAACUGCUCAAGUCGCAAGAACUGACGUUUGCGUUCGUCGGCCUGGCGCCCGCCAUGGUUAUUACGAUCGUCCUCGGACGGUCUCUGUCGUCGUUGCUCGGAAGCGGCCCCAGCGACGGCCGAUACGGAGGCAAGCUCCAACGAGCAGCGGCCUGGGCGGCGUUGCGACGGAUUGAAUGCCUUCUCACGGCGAAGCAUCGUGCGCGGCCCAACACGAGCAGCGGGAUGAUUCUCAUCUCUGUGGCUCGCCUGCGAACUUUUGCCGAGUCGAGGCUGCCGAAGAGGUCCAGGCUACGAGAGGGCUUUUUGGAGGAUGUGACCGAUCUUGAGAGCACGACGAUGGAGCGGGAGGAUAAGCUUCGGGUGGUCGACAGGAUGUGGAGAACCUGGGGGCCUGCUUUGGGAUGGGACAAGGUUCCGAGCGAGGAGGCGCAGAACAUGCAAGAAGCAGUGGAUGACCAGGAGGGCUGA